AUGCUCUUGAUUCAGGCAAAGAUCGCUUUUGUUACCGGUUUACUCGGCGGAGCGCUUGCGGCCAUUGGUCCUGCCAGUGUUUUGCAUAUCACUAACAAAGAGAUAUCUCCCGAUGGAUUCCCUCGCGAUACCGUUCUUGCCGGAUCUACUUUCCCUGGCCCACUCAUCACAGCGAACAAGGGUCAGAAUUUCAAUGUUCACGUUUUCAACGACUUGAAAGAUACCAGCAUGGACACUGUUACCGCUGUCCACUGGCACGGCAUCACGCAACACAACACGACAUGGGCUGAUGGUGUUGCAUUCGUCUCUCAAUGCCCAAUUGUUCCUGGACACUCCUUCCAUUAUCAAUUCAACCCCGGAAGCCAGGUGGGAACAUACUGGUACCACUCGCAUUACUCGACGCAGUAUUGCGACGGUCUACGAGGUGCUAUUGUCAUAUAUGAUCCUGAGGACCCUUUCGGGGAGUUGUAUGAUGUCGACAAUGAGAGCACGGUCAUUACUCUGGCUGAUUGGUACCAUUAUCUCGCUCCUCAGAAAGAAUCGCACAGUCAUCCAGCUUCGACCCUGAUAAAUGGGCUAGGCCGUUACGUGAAUGGAACUGCUGAUGCUCCUCUCGCUGUUGUUGGUGUCCAGGCCGGGAAUCGCUAUCGCUUCCGCCUCAUAUCCAUUUCUUGCUUACCGAGUUUCAUCUUCUCUAUCGACGGACACAAUAUGAACGUCAUCGAGGCUGAUGGUGAAUACACGGAACCGUUGCUCGUCGACUCUAUCAACAUCCUUGCUGGCCAACGCUAUUCCGUCGUUGUCAAUGCUUCCCAGCCAGUUGGCAACUACUGGAUACGUGCCCAGCCUAUAUUGCCCCUUGGGACGAACACAUCGAUUGAUACUUCCUUCAAUGGUGGUCUCAAUUCUGCUAUUCUACGCUACCAAGGCGCACCGGUGGCGGACCCGAAUUCAACCUUUGAAGACACCCUCAAUCCCCUUGUCGAGAGCAAUUUGCACGCCCUUGUGAAUCCGCAAGCGCCCGGAAAUCCUACUCCCGGCGGCGGAGAUGUUGAUAUCAACCUCCAAGUGACUCUAGUGCCGUUGCCGACAGAUAACACUUCUUUCGUGUAUGCUAUGAAUGGUGUAACAUACGACCCUCCUAGCGUUCCUACGUUGCUUCAAAUUCUCAAUGGAAAUACGGACUUGCUACCUAACGGCACCACGUACUUCCUUCCUCGUAACAAGACUAUUGAACUCAGUAUACCGAGUGGCGCGUCUGGUGGGGAGCAUCCAGUUCAUUUGCACGGGCAUGCGUUCUCUGUGGUCCGCAGUGGUGGAAGCGAUUCGUACAAUUUUGCCAAUCCCGUUCGCCGUGACGUAGUCAGCAUGGGUGGCCAAGAUUCGGGCUCAAACCUUACCAUCCGAUUCACGACCGAUAACCCUGGGCCAUGGAUUUUUCAUUGUCACAUUGAUUGGCAUCUUGAAGAGGGGUUCGCCAUAGUGUUUGCAGAGGAUGCUCCCGAUAUUGAACAAGCCAAUCCUGUUACGCAGGAAUGGCAGAACCUAUGCCCGAUCUACAAUCAGUACAUCCAGAACCAUCCAUCAGCCUCUGUGACGAAUUGA